AGUUACCGAGCGAAACUUGCAAUUUUGAGAUUCUCAUUUGUGAAGUAUCAAAUAUCUUCGGAAGUGUUACGGAACGAAAGGCAUCUCCGACCAAACAGAAGGUUCCGAGGGUCAAACACAGAGAGUGAGAGUCGAAGCUUUGUUUUCAAUCUUUUCAUACCCUUUCUCUUUCUCUUACCCUCACUCUCACUCUCAUACAUCUCAGAGGGGAAACAGAGAAAGAACAUCGAAGAAGCAAAUCUUUCUUCAGACGAAAGUUGCGGAUCCAUAAAGGUGCCAAAACCGAAUUGGUUCAAUGUCUUGGCCUGCUCCAGAUGACGUCUUGCUCUCUACCUCCCUUGCCACAUACCUUGACAAAAAACUUCUUGUUCUCUUGAGAGAUGGUCGAAAACUUUUGGGGUUAUUGCGCUCUUUUGAUCAAUUUGCUAAUGUUGUUCUUGAAGGUGCAUGUGAGCGAUUGAUUGUUGGUGAUCUUUAUUGUGAUGUCCCUUUAGGCUUAUAUGUGAUUCGUGGAGAAAAUGUUGUCUUAAUUGGAGAGCUGGAUUUGGGUAAGGAGGAGCUUCCACAACAUAUGACUUGUGUGUCAGAGGCUGAAAUACGAAAGGUAAAAAGGCAGAGGGAGCAACGAUCAGAAGGGGUCGUCAGAGGGGUUGCCGGAGAUAAUAGAGAGAUGAGAGGGAUAGAGAGAGUGUGGGAGGCGAUAGAAUGA